AUGUAUCUGUGGAAUAUCCAUUUUCUCAUUGGAGCCAUACUAGUUUCCAUCUUUACCGACUUAACUGAGGCUAAUGAAAAAAUUUGGUCUCAUGGAAUGGGCAAUGCCUACAAUACUCAUCGAAGAAUACUAACUAUACCAACUGAAUAUGAUGGAAAAUCAUGGGAACUUGUUUUCAAUCUUUCAAAAUCAAUAAAAUCUAUUCCAAACAUGGCAAUAGGUAGUAAUGGUGAUAUUUAUUUCUUUACCGGUAAUGAUCCAAUUAAAUCACCUGAAUAUUUGGUAUGUGUAACAAUAAAUGGGUUAAUACGUUGGAAAUUAUAUCUUGAACGAGACGACGGAAUGACCAUUGAUGGUGUUACAAAUAUUGUUUCGAAUAUAAAUGGAACAUUAUUUUAUGGAAUAUCAUGGUUUAAAGAUGAAAAUUAUUUAAAUAAAAUUUGUCGUUUAUCAAAUCCGGAAACAGAUAAUCCAAUUGAAAAAUGUGCUUCUAAUACAUAUUUUUUUCAAACAUUUCAAGGUCCGUUAUCCAUCGAUGAUUCAUCAGAACUUUUAAUAGUUACACUUUAUGGAGAAUCAGUUGGCUUUAUUAAUACAACUAGUUUACAAAUUGAAUAUCAGAGUCCAUUCGAUAUUGGAGCUUCAACCGGUUCUCAUUACAAUACUGAUCAAACUGGAAUUUAUUGGAUUGGAGUUGACGAUCAUUUACGAAAAGUAAAUAUUCAUGGUGAAACAUUAUUAAAUGUUAAGGUUAAUAGUGGUGAAAAUCAAAAGUAUGCUUUUAAUAAACAACAAAAUAUAAUUGUCGGAGUUUCGCAAAAUUUCACCACAACUCCGGCUCCAUUUAUUGUUUCUGCGUGGAAUGUUGAUUCAAAUCUUAAUUUGACUUUACUUUGGCAAUGGAAUCAAUCAGUUGAAAUUGCAACUUCAUCAACACAUCCAGUUGUUGAUGAUAAAACAAAUAUAACAUAUGUUAGUAUUCUUCCAUAUAUUUCUGCAAUUGAUUCUCGUGGAAAUACUUUAUGGAAAACUGAAAUAACUUCUCUAGAUGAAAUAUAUAAAUACAGUCUUGUUACAUCUUGUCUUACAUUGAAUACAGAAACAAGUAUUGCUUAUGUUCUUAUUUCAACAUAUGAUGAUUCUAAUCAACAAACUCCAAAAGUUCUCUUUAUUGUUCCAGUAAAAACAACUACUGGUGCUGUUUUACCGCGAAUCAAUAUUGAAGUUCAUCCAGAUUUACUGACUUAUGUUCAAUGUCCAAUGCUUGUAGAAACUCAAAUGCUCUAUCUUCCUUGGUACUAUGCAAGUAACACCGAUAUUUUACCAUUAAAUAUUAUUGGGAUUCCACAAAUUACUUCUUCAUAA